AUGGGUGUUGGAGCUGUGAAACAAGAUGUGAGAGCCAUGAUUCUUACAGGCUUUGCUGGCUUAAUUGCAGGUGCAUGUAGUAUGGCAAUAGGCGAGUUUGUUUCAGUCUACUCCCAACGAGAUAUAGAGGUUGCUCAGAUGAAAAGAGAUAAGAAAAUUUCAGGAAAUGAGGAGGAAAGUGAGAAGGAAGCACUCCCGAAUCCCAUUCAGGCAGCUGCAGCAUCAGCCUUAGCAUUCAUGUUGGGGGCCAUCAUGCCUUUACUUGCUGCUGCUUUUAUAGUAGACCACAAGGUCAGAUUGGGGGUGGUGGUAGCCACAGUGAGCUUGGGGCUUGGUGGAUUGGGGCUGUUCUUGGGGGGAGUCCUGUGGGGAAGUCUUGUUUUAGGAUUCUGGUUGGAGGGUGGAUGGCUAUGGCUAUUACUUUUGGACUUACCAAGUGGAUAG